GAGAAAAAAAAUAAAAUUAAACAACAGAGCAAGAAAAGCUGGAGCUCAAGAAGGUGAAUGAUACUCAAAGAAGUGAAAUACAGGAAGAAAAAUUGUUUGGAUUUUCUAAAAUCCAAUUUAAUUUAAGGCUAAUUGCAAAUGAUUUGAGGCUUUGAAGGUUUAAGAGGAUGUUGGACUUAAACAAAAUAGAACCUGAAGAAGGGAAGCUAGACUUGGAUCUUCGUCGCGUUAACUAUGAUCUUGAUGACAAAUCUCAUCUUAGAUAUGGUGAUUGGGUCACUUUCAAGAGCCAUUCAUCUAAAAAAGUUAGAAUCUCUCGACCUGAAUCUCCGAGAGGUGAAAAUUCAGAUAGACAACCUCAGGAUGCAGAUUAUCCCUCACUUAGCUAUGAACUCGAAAGUGAGAUUCUAGCCAGGUUUCCUAGGUGGGAGUAUUGGAAACUUUGCCUCGUAAAUAAGAGAUGUUCAAUGCUUCUAAAGAGUGGUGAGAUAUUUGAGAUUCGUAAAGAGAAUGGAUUUAAAGAACCUUCGGUAUAUAUGUUAGCAAGUGGGGAGACUAACUGGUGGACAUUUGAUCGAGAGUUUAAGUCCCGGAGGAAAAUCCCUGACUUACCAUCAGAUGUGUGCUUCACAUUUGGCGAUAAGGAAUCGCUUUGUGCAGGCACACAUUUACUUGUUUCGGGUAGGGAAAUCGAUGGCCUAGUUAUAUGGAGGUUUGAAUUAGCAACGAAUUGUUGGUACAAAGGUCCCUCUAUGGUUAAUCCAAGAUGUUUAUUUGCAUCAGCUACUUGUGGCACCUCUGUUUUUGUUGCUGGUGGUGUUGGUAUUAUGGCGAAUAGUGAGGUAUAUGACACAGCUGAGAAAUACAACCCCGAUAGCAGAUCGUGGGACCUACUACCGAGGAUGAAGAGGAAGAGGAAGCUUUGUUCAGGAUGUUACAUGGACAAGAAAUUCUACGUGAUCGGGGGGAGGAAUGAGAACGGAGAGCUUACCUGUGGAGAAUUCUUCGAUGAGGGUAGGAACAAGUGGGAGCUGAUUCCGGACAUGUUGAAGGAUGAUCCAGUCCUAACAUGCCACUCACCACCCCUCAUUGCUGUCGUGAACAACGAGCUGUACUCACUCGAGGCAUCUUCAAACCAGCUGAAGCUUUACCUGAAAAAAACCAACACUUGGAAAAUGUUAGGACAAGUGCCAGUGAGAGCUGAUUCAAACAGAGGAUGGGGAAUUGCUUUCAAGUCAUUGGGAAAUGAACUUCUUGUAAUCGGAGCUGCUUCAUCGUCAGCUUCUUAUUCGGGUAAUUCCAUGGCCAUAUAUACUUGCUGUCCAGAUCCUGAUGCAAUUGAGUUGCAGUGGAAACCUCUUGACAGUGGUCGAAAUCGGCUUAGUAGUUUCAUCUUAAACUGUUCUGUUAUGGUAGCUUGAAUAAUGUCAUUUAUCUAGCAAACAACUUAUGUAUUAUGAUCAAAAUAUAUAAGUGGUAUAUGGCCACUGGUUUCUGAUAUUUUCUUGCAUAUA